UGGUUUCGCUGAGCGCGUCGUGUAAUCAGUUCAAGCAACGCCUCUGAGUUCUGGAGCUCACUUGCUAACUCGGCGCUGAACGAUGGCGCAGAACCCUGCCGCGGUUUGGGAGUACACGCUCACAGGCUUCAGUGAUUUUCUCGACCAGAGACGUAUUGCCUUCACGGAGCCGAUGCCAGCGAGCCGCGUCUGCGGCAUCUGCGGCCGCUUGCCUUCGACCACGGUAGUGUUGCCUUGCGGUGACGUUUUCUGCGAACUGUGCCUUGAAGAAGUGUGCCGCGAAGCUAAAUGCCCUUUCGACGGAAGAGUUUUCUCGGAACGACAACUUGUUCGGCUGCGCUUCGAACUGUCCGACCUCGAGCAGCGACGCGUUGUGUGCAUUCUUGCUGGUAGGCAGUGUGCUGCCUUCGACGGCCAGCUGUCCGAGCUGAGGGACCACAUGCGUCGCUGCCGCAGCAUGGACGUGAAGUGUGCCAAGUGCAACCGACUCGUCGCGCGUGUUGUGGCGCUGGAUCACUAUAGACAAUGUAUCGACGGAAACGCUUGGCGCGUUUCGGUGUAUGACUUGCCAGUGCAGAGGGCCAUCGAAGAAAUCCGAGUCAUGAAAAAAGACCUCGAGAGUUUGCGAGAGCAGGCGUUGGGUGAACUCGAUGACAAUGACCACGAUGAUCUUGUAAACACUGCCAACGUAUUAAUCGAAAGAGUCGCCAGCCUUGAUCAUUCACUGUCCUUGGCGCAGGAAAAGGCGAGCGCAUUCCAUCGAAAAAGUGCUUCGCUUGACUCUUCGAAAUCGCCUGCUCCCGGGCCUUACCGUUCCGCAUCGAAGCCCGGCGUGUUCAUCACUAUUUGCGACUUCAGAGAUGUGUACGCUGCACGCAACUUACUGACUCAGGCUAAGAAAGAGCACAAGGCAGUUAGUGAGCCUCACAUCCUAAGUGGUUAUACCUUUCGUUUGAAUGCAAACUUUUUGUUAUCGGGUGAAGGCAAUGAUGGGGUGAGCGUGAGCUUCAGUAUGUACCUCAAGUCUGGAGAUUGGGAUGACUACGUCGAGUGGCCCUUCUCGAAAAAGGUUACGGUGAUCAUCGCACACCCUAGAGACGCGACCAAGGAUGUUCGGCUCCCGUUGCGCGUCAAUCAUUCCAGUGUUGUAAGGAAACCACGCCCUAAUAAUUGCAACAGCGGAUACGAAACGGGGAAGAAGAGCUGGGGGGACAUUGAACUUGGUGGCUACAUCAUAAAAAACACUCUGUACGUGCUCGUGGAAUUUGAGUAACGUGCAACAAUUAUUUCCUGUUGGCAAAUGCAGCUCGGUCUUACGAGGGAAGUUCAUAAAUCUGCCGUGGAAGGCUUCCCACAUGUUCCAGCACUGCCGAAGCAGUAGAGCUACUUCUAUCAGUUCUGAAACUAUUUUAUUUUGCCGAAACUCGUCAAGCAAGAAAUCUUGAUUGUCAUAUUUUGUUUUUAAUAUUUUGCUGCUGCUCGCAUGCGGUUUCACAGCAGUUAUGCUACAAAGGAUAUUCCUGGUGAUUUUGUCAAUAAUACACGUCAUUUCCUUCAGUUA